AUGUCUUCACGAGUGAAUGGACUCUCCGACUCAUGGACAAUAAUACCUAGGUACGUAGUUCUCAGUCCAUUCAUCCACGUGAAUCUCGAUUAUGGGCCUCUGUGUGACGGCUCAGUCAAAAACGAACUGAAGAAAUCUGGCGAGGUCGACGCCGCGGUCUUCCGUCAGCAAUACAUACCGCAGACUCUAGAGCAAGUCAACAACGCCGAACGGGACGCGGAGAAGCUGCGUAGUGGCCAGGGAGACGACCUAGUCUACCGUGAUCUUCUUGCCGACAAAGCUGGACCACAGGUCUCCGGAGAACCCGGUAUCGAGGAAGAAAGAGAAUCGGACAAGUGCGGCAGCAUAUCGGGGUCGGAGGACGGCUCUGAAUCGGAAGCAGAAGAAGCAGGAGAAGGAGAUGCCACCGGUGCUGCCGAUCCCUUCGCGAAGAAGAAGCCCCGCGGGAAGACAUUCGAGGACAAGGAAGCCAAGCGGCAACACAAACGCCAGGUGAAGGAGGAAAAGCGCGAGCAGCGCGCGAAGAAAAUGCCCAAGCACAUCAAGAAGAGAUUGGUGAACACUACCAAGAGGAGGUAA